AUGGAAUUGUCGGGUUGUCAAACGGGACAGUUCAAAAGCGCUUGUACUGAUCUGUGUUUCCACAAUAAAUACAGGUCUUAUGACGGCCAGUGCAACAACUUCGACCACCCGAUGUGGGGAGUGUCACAGAUGCCGUUGCUACGAUUACUUCCACCAAUCUACGAGAACGGUUUCAGUACACCGGUUGGAUGGGAACGAGGACGGCUGUAUAAUGGAUAUCCCAAGCCGAAUCCACGUGAUGUCUCACGGUUACUCGUAGCCACCGAAACCGUCACACCACAUUCGUAUCUUUCAGCAAUGGUGAUGCAGUGGGGUCAAUUUGUAGCAUCCAUAAUUCUCACUCACACCGCUACUGCGCUGUCACGACAGAGCUAUGCCUCUGGUGCCAUUUGUAACAGGACUUGCGAGAAUCUUGACCCUUGUUUCAACAUACCGCUAUCGCCUAAUGAUCCAAAACUGCACACUGGAGUGUAA